UCUUCCUUUCAAUUGCAAAGUCCCAUUCUCCUAUCCGAGAAUCUCUUCUCUAUGUUAGAGCACAAAGUCUAAAAGAUAAAGUAUUUUUACUUUGUUUUCUUUCUUUUUUAUCAGUCUCUUCUGCGAGAUCUGGUGAGAAGAGCAAAAUCAUGGAACGAACGGUCCUGAUCCCUUCGCGGUUGUGGAUUGUACCACAUCAACCGUCAGUGACGUCCUCUCCGUUUUAACAGCAACAUUCCAGCAGUCGCCCAUCAUCUUCUUCUUAUUUGCAGGAAGCACCCCGAAAAAAACGCUAUUUUCUUCGAGUUGCGGUGUCUUAAAGUCGUGUGGAGUCGCAAAAGAAGGUGCUUUGGGUCUUGUGGACUUAAAAAGUAACCAAAGAAGUGGUUACGGGAGCCGUGAGUGAAGGAUGGGGGCAGUCGGUGGGGAGGAGAUGCAGCAGUGGGAAACGGCGGUAGCAGCGGAGGAGAUUGACGGCAGCGGCGGAGGGGGCAAGCUUGAGAGGAUAUUGGUGUCGGUGAGAUUGAGGCCGCUGAGCGAGAAGGAGAUCUUGGCCAACGAUCCUGCAGAGUGGGAAUGCAUCAAUGACGCAACCAUCAUCUUCAGGAGUAGCUUCCCUGAUAGGCAUUUGACUCCCAUUGCCUACACAUUCGACAGAGUAUUUGGAAGUGAAAGCACCACAGAGCAAGUGUAUGAGGAAGCGGCAAAAGAAGUUGCUCUUUCAGUUGUUAGUGGCAUCAACUCAAGCAUCUUUGCCUAUGGCCAAACAAGCAGUGGAAAGACAUACACCAUGACAGGAAUCACUGAGUAUACAGUUGCAGAUAUAUAUGACUACAUAAAGAGGCAUCCAGAAAGAGCAUUUGCCUUAAAGCUAUCAGCAAUAGAGAUUUAUAAUGAAGCUGUGAGAGAUCUGCUCAGCAUGGAUGGGACUCCUCUUAGGCUUCUUGAUGAUCCUGAGAGAGGGACAAUUGUGGAGAAACUUAAGGAGGAGACAUUGCGCGACUGGAAUCAUUUAAAAUCAUUACUUUCUUUAUGUGAAGCUCAAAGAAGAAUAGGAGAGACCUCAUUAAAUGAAAUGAGCUCCAGAUCCCAUCAAAUACUUAGACUGACAAUUGAAAGUUCUGCUCGUGAAUUCUUGGGGAAAGACAAUACAGCUACGCUUUCCGCUAGUGUGAACUUCGUUGAUCUGGCAGGCAGCGAACGUGCAUCUCAAGCAUUGUCUGUUGGUGCUAGGCUGAAAGAAGGCUGUCACAUUAAUCGUAGUUUGCUCACUCUAGGUACUGUCAUACGUAAGCUAAGUAAAGGAAGAAAUGGUCAUAUUCCAUAUCGAGAAUCUAAGUUGACUCGCAUACUAACCAUGUUUAGGAGGCAAUGCAAGAACUGCCAUUAUUUGCACAAUAUGUCCUGCACGAAGUCAUAUGAGCAGUCGAGAAACACACUUCUCUUUGCAAGCUGUGCAAAAGAAGUGGUCACCAGUGCUCAGGUGAAUGUUGUCAUGUCUGACAAGGCACUGGUUAAGCAUUUGCAGAAGGAGUUGGCCAGAUUGGAGAAUGAGUUGAGGUGUCCAGUAUCAGCCUCAAACAACGGUCACAUUGAAGCACUAUUGAGGGAGAAAGAUGCUCGAAUCAGAAAGAUGGAGAAAGAAAUUAAGGAGCUGAUUCAACAGCGCGACUUAGCUCAAUCUCGACUGGAGGAUCUUUUACAGGUGGUUGGGGAUGGUCAUUUUUCAAGAAAACGGGAGGAAUCUCCUAACCAAGCAUCAAUAUUUCAUGAAUCCAAAGUUCAUGAUGAUAAAAUUUCAAUGUCCGAGCCACCAGAAGUUACUUGCAAUGGUUCAAAAGCUGGGUUUGUCAAGUUAAGUAAAUAUGAGAGCAAAAACUACAGCAGAAAUCACCAUGGUUUUUCACAAGAUACAGAAAAUGGGGAUCUUCCCCCAAAACUCUCACAAACUAAACAUAGAUCGCUCAGAUGGAAUCCCAUUCAUGCUGAAGAAGACACUGAUAAAAGUGCCUCUGAAGAUUCAGAAGAACUUUGCAAGGAAGUUAGGUGUAUUGAAAUGGAUGGAACCAGCCACAGAGAAAACUUGAAUUUGUCAUUCGGAGCAAGCGAAACCCAGCAAACCCAGACUUCUAAUGCCACCAGGAAUGGAGAAUAUGAGCCUAAGCCUGCAGCGCAAAUGGACUCGAGAUCUGGCAUCGCAGGUUCUACAUUUUUGACGUUAGAACACCAUCUACAUAGCGUACGGGCAUCACAUCCUGAUGAAUCUUCACCAUGGUCAUCAGCUCGAGAUUUACAUAGUUCUCGGGCUAUGUUACCAAGGAGAAGCAGAAGUUGUCGGGCAGCAUUUUUGACAAGCUACUCCCCUGGGUUUGCAGAACCAGAGCAGUACGACUGUACACCCCCUCCCAGCUCACUGAGAGAUUUCCCUGGCAGGCCUCGGGCAUUUCUGAAUUAUAAUGCUGAAAAUGGAAACUUUUCAAGAGAGAGAUCUGUUAUGUUAGAGGAUAGUGUUUCUGAAAGCUUGCUUAAAGAGCAAGAUGAUAUGUCUUCUUCUAGAGAAGGCAUAACCACCAUUCAGGACUUUGUUUCAGGAUUGAAAGAGAUGGUUCAGGUUCAUCAAAAUCAGCUUGUUGAUGGUCAGACUGCCAGUGAAGUGUGUGGAGCUGAAGGAACAAGGAAGAGUGUUGGCCUUGAUACUAUCCUAGACCCCGUGGAUUCUCCAUCCCAUUGGCCACGGGACUUUGAAAAGAAGCAACAAGAGAUAAUCAAACUCUGGCAUGAAUGCAACGUUUCCUUAAUCCACAGAACAUACUUUUACCUGCUCUUCAAAGGCGAUCCUGCUGAUUCCAUUUACAUGGAAGUUGAGCUCAGGAGACUAGCUUUCCUGAAAAGAACAUUCUCGCAGGGAAACUCUUACAGAAUAUCCGGCGAGACCGGUCGGCAGGUGACUCUAGAAUCAAGCAUGAGGACUCUACAACGAGAGCGAGAGAUGUUCUGCCGGCAAAUGCAGAAGAAAUUGACAACCGAAGAACGGCUGAGUCUCUAUGUGAAAUGGGGAAUCUCACUGAACUCUAAGCAGAGGAGAGUUCAGCUGGCUCGACUCCUCUGGACCGACACCGGAGAUCUGGAACAUAUUAGGGAGAGUGCAUUAACAGUUGCAAAGCUUAUUGGACUACUGGAAUCAGGCCAGGUUCUGAAGGAGAUGUUUGGGCUCAGCUUUCUGCCACAGAAUUCAUACAGAAGAUCACAUAGAUGGAGACAUGGGAUCUAUGCUUUGAAAUGAUGAAAGCUUGCCGAGGAGGAUUUCAAAUUCUGAAACUUGUUUCUUUCAGUUAUUUCGAUGCAUUUAAAAUGUGCAGGUCGAUUCUUUUCUUGUUUUUCAAAGUUAUAUAAUCCCUUAAAAAAAAUUAUUCUUUAUGAAUUUGAGACUAUUUGGAAUUGCGGUAUGGGUCUGUAAAUCACAGGUUUUAGACGAUUGGAAGCAUACUGUAAUAGGAAGAAACGCACUUUGUAGUUCGCAUGUUUUUACCUAUAAUUCCAGCAGUUUUAUAUA